AUGAGCGGUGAGGCGGCCUGCGAGGCGUCCGAGACGGGGGCGGACACCCAGUCGACGGACCGCGGCGCAGGGGCGCCGCUCGAGCUGGCCGAUGCGGACGGUACUCGUCAUCUCGUUCCAUUCGCAUUGGGUGCGCGACUUUACCCCUAUCAGCAGGACGGCGUGCGCUGGCUCUUCGGCGCGGUCACUGGCGCGCACCUCUCUGGCUGCUACGGUGGCCUCCUGGGCGACGACACCGGACUCGGGAAGACGCUGCAGGCUAUCACAGUCGUGGCGACGCUGGUCACUCGGGGCCUCGCGUCGAGGGUGAUUGUGUGCGCGCCGGCGAACCUGGUGAUGGUGUGGAGCAACGAGUUCGCGAAGUGGGUUCCUGGUGGCGGCUUGAACGUCGUCACCGCCGGCACCGGCGGCGUGCACACGGCCACGGCGCUUCAGCAGCUCCUCGCUACUGCCGCACCAGCCCAUCUCAUUGUGAUCAUCGGAUACGAGCAGGUGCGGCAGAACGCCCGCCGCUUUGCCUCGUCGCGCGUCGAUCUACUGCUGAUGGACGAGGCGCACAAGCUCAAGAACACGGAGUCGGAGGUCUCGUGCGCCGUCUAUGGAAUCUCUGCGGCUCGUCGUUUGUGCAUCACCGCGACGCCCUUCUCAAACAACAUCUGGGAGCUCUUCGGCGUCCUCGCUCAAAUUUGUCCCAAUCUCAUCGACCGCUCCGCGUUCGAGACGUUCGUGGCUCGGCCCAUCGAGGUAGGCCAAGGGACGGCGGCAGCGGCGGCGGCGUGGGACAUUCUUCACGGCCUCUUCGGGGUAGCCACCGCAGGUGGCGGCGGAUCGUGCGGCAAGCUGCAGCUGCGGCGAACGAACCGUGAAUUGCGGCGGGGACUGCCGCCCAGCAAGACGUUCAUCAUUGUGCACGGCCUAUCGGCGCCGCAGAGCGCGCUGUACUUAAAGAUUUGCGCUCGGGAGCUCGCUGCCGACAGCGUCAGCAGCAACGGAUUUAAGCGGCUCCUCCUGCUGCGGACGGGUUGCAGCGAGCUGCAGUCUCUGCGCUCAAAGGCGGAGGCCAGACCGUCGCUCGCGAUGGAGGUCAAAAUCUGGCCACGCGCGCCAGGCAAUCGCCUCUUGCUGUCCGGCAAGCUACAGGUUGCGGCGAGGCUACUCGAGGGUAUCCUAGAGAUGAACGAGCGAGCUGUCGUCGCGUCGUUCGAGCAGGCCCCUCUUGAGCUGCUCCGCGCGUGGCUGCGGCAUAAGUAUGGGACACAUGCCGUUGUCGUCAUCAACGGCAGCAUUAAGGCAGCGCGGCGUGAUCGGCUGUGCAGCUUGCUCAACGACCUCUCCUCGUCGUGCCGUGUCGCACUCCUAAGCACGUCACUCGCGGCUGGCCUCACUCUCGUCACUGCCGGCGCAGCGUCUCCAUUCGGCUCUGCGGAGGCGAGGCUCGCCUCUCGGAUAGGGCUCUGUGCACCCUGA